AUGUCUGAAAAUAUAGCAGUAAGUUUAGCCACUGCUGGAGAUGGCCAGGCAAUACAUUUGGAUCCAAAUCAAACAAUUACGUUUGUUAAAGUCGAACAGCCAGGGGGAGGAGGUGGCGAAACGAUAACAGAAAUUCAAAAUUACCUUGAAACAUUUAAUAAAGAAAUCGAAGGAGGAGAUCCUCUUCAAAUUUCAGAAGGCCAAGAUGGUUUACCUAGAGAUGGAAACACAUAUUAUGUUGAUGAAUCUGGACAGUAUUACUACACACAGCCUGUGGUUGCAGUUGUGCAAUCAGGAGAAACAGAAAAUGCAGUUCAGAAUAAUGAUGGCCAAAGUUUUGUAGCAGUACAACAGACUAGUGGAAUAGUACAACCUAGUAAUAGUGGGCAGCAUUCUGGAAAUGCUGCGGCAGUAGCUAUAAAUAGUGAAGGUUCCAAUCAAAUGGUACUUAAUACCACUGAAGGAUCUUAUGGUACAGUAACAUUAAUGCCUCAGGAUACUUCGACGGGGGAAUUAAGCUAUGUUUUAAUAGUUCAACCCUCGGCUGGAAAUGAAAAAACUGAAACAAUGGAAAAACAAACAAAACCAUUUGUUGUGGGCAGUGGGGAAAAUGAACAAGAUCAAGAUCUCACCGUUUAUGAUUUUGACGAUGGUGAAGAAAAUAAUGAAAUGGAUCCAUUAGAAUCGGAAAAUGAAGAUGAUAAAUCCAAAAUAGGCAAAGUAGUUCCAACGAAGAAAUCUCAAACGAUAUCGACGACACACAUGUGUAAUUAUUGCAAUUACACAAGUCCAAAAAGAUAUUUACUAUCGAGGCAUAUGAAAAGUCAUUCGGAAGAAAGGCCACACAAGUGUAGCGUAUGUGAGAGAGGUUUUAAGACUUUGGCAUCACUACAAAAUCAUGUAAAUACUCACACUGGAACGAAGCCUCACCAUUGCAAAUUUUGUGAUAGCGCUUUCACAACUUCAGGUGAACUUGUUAGACACGUACGGUACAAGCACACACAUGAAAAACCGCAUCGCUGUCCUGAGUGCGACUACGCGAGCGUGGAAUUAAGCAAACUCAAGCGUCACAUACGAUGCCACACUGGUGAACGUCCUUAUCAGCAUACACACGAAAAGCCUCAUAAAUGCUCACUUUGCGAUUAUGCUAGUGUAGAACUCAGUAAAUUAAGAAAUCACUUUAGAUGUCACACGGGAGAAAGGCCGUAUCAGUGUCAACAUUGUACAUAUGCCAGUCCGGAUACAUUUAAAUUAAAACGUCACCUUAGGAUUCACACGGGGGAAAAACCGUACGAAUGUGAAAUAUGUCAUUCUAGAUUCACACAGUCGAAUAGUUUAAAAGCUCACAGGCUCAUUCAUUCCGAGGCGGAUAAGCCGGUUUUCAAAUGUGAAUUAUGUCCGACGACGUGCGGUAGGAAGACUGAUUUACGAAUUCACGUGCAAAAAUUGCACAUAUCGGAUAAAUUAUUAAAAUGCAAAAGAUGUGGGAAAAUGUUGCCCGAUAGGUACACGUACAAGGUUCAUAACAAAACACACGAGGGUGAAAAAUGUUACAGAUGUGACUUGUGUCCCUAUGCUUCGAUAUCGGCGAGACAUUUGGAAUCGCACAUGUUAAUUCACACAGACCAAAAACCUUUUCAAUGCGAUUUAUGCGACCAAGCUUUUAGACAAAAACAAUUGUUGAAACGACAUCAAAAUUUAUACCACACGCCAGAAUAUGUUCCGCCGACGCCUAAGGAGAAAACACACGAAUGCCCAGAAUGCGGCCGAGCAUUUAGACAUAAGGGAAAUUUAAUACGACACCUCGCGGUUCACGAUCCCGAGUCGGCAACUCACGAAAAAGCUUUAGCGUUAAAAUUAGGAAGACAGAAAAAAAUACAAUUCAUCGAUGGGCAACAGGUCGAGGUAUUAACGGGAGACGAAGAAGAUGAAGAAGCCGUUCCAGAUGGAGAAGUUAUGAUACACGGUGGACAACAAUAUGUCGUUUUAGAAGUAAUUCAAUUGCAAGACGAAGAGGGACCCAAACAAGCUGUUGCAGUUGUUGCAAACGAUGCAUUACCUCCCAACGCAGUAGCUGUGACAGAACAAGACUUAAUUAAUUCAGAAACGAUAACCGGAAAUCCUUACGGUGCCGUGGAAGAGGAGGAAGAAGAAGAAGAAGAAGAAGAAGAAGAGGAAGACGUAGAUCAGUCAAUAAAACAGAAAAGAAAUAAUAUAAAAAUUGAGAGAAAAGACACGAAAAUCGAUAUGCAAAAUUGUUUUGGAUUUGACGAUGACGAAGAUUUAGAAUCCGAAAGGCAAGAAACUGACGUUUCAUCGAAAGAAAGGAUAAAACUCGUGGAAGCGAUAACAAAUUAG